AGCCGGCGAGCCCGGCUCCGAGGUUGCUCUUGGCGCCCGAGGAUCGGUCUUGGAACCCCAGAGUGCGACGCACACAUCCACAUAACCCGAGGACCAUGGAUGCUGAUGAGGGUCAAGACAUGUCCCAAGUUUCAGGGAAGGAAAGCCCCCCGGUGAGUGACACCCCCGACGAUGGUGACGAACCCAUGCCUGUCCCUGAAGACCUUUCCACCACGUCUGGAGGCCAGCAGAGCUCCAAGGGUGACAGAGGACUGGCUGGUAAUGUUAAAGUAGAGACUCAGAGUGAUGAAGAGAAUGGGCGUGCCUGUGAAGUGAAUGGGGAAGAGUGUGCGGAGGACUUACGGAUGCUCGAUGCCUCCGGAGAGAAAAUGAAUGGCUCCCACGGUGUCCAAGGCAGCAAAGCUUUGUCAGGAGCUGGGGGCAUUCGACUUCCUAACGGCAAACUAAAGUGUGAUGUCUGUGGGAUAAUUUGCAUCGGCCCCAAUGUGCUCAUGGUCCACAAAAGAAGCCACACUGGAGAGCGGCCUUUCCAGUGCAACCAGUGUGGGGCCUCCUUCACGCAGAAGGGCAACCUGCUCCGGCACAUCAAGCUUCACUCGGGCGAGAAGCCCUUCAAGUGCCACCUCUGCAACUACGCAUGUCGCCGGCGGGACGCCCUCACCGGCCACCUGAGGACGCACUCUGUUGGUAAACCUCACAAAUGUGGAUAUUGUGGCCGAAGCUAUAAACAGCGAAGCUCUUUAGAGGAACACAAAGAGCGCUGCCACAACUACUUGCAAAGCAUGGGCCUUCCAGGCACACUGUACCCAGUCAUUAAAGAAGAAACUAAUCACAGUGAAAUGGCAGAAGACCUGUGCAAGAUGGGAUCGGAGCGCUCACUCGUGCUGGACAGACUAGCAAGUAACGUCGCCAAACGUAAGAGCUCUAUGCCUCAGAAAUUUGUUGGGGACAAGUGCCUGUCGGACCUGCCCUACGACGGCAGCGCCGGCUACGAGAAGGAGAACGAGAUGAUGCAGACGCACGUGAUGGACCAGGCCAUCAACAACGCCAUCAGCUACCUGGGGGCCGAGUCGCUGCGCCCCCUGGUGCAGACGCCCCCGGGCAGCUCCGAGGUGGUCCCGGUGCUCAGCCCCAUGUACCACCUCCACAAGCCCCACGCCGAGGGCCCCGCGCGCUCCAACCACUCGGCCCAGGACGGCGCCGUGGAGAACCUGCUGCUGCUCUCCAAGGCCAAGUCCGCGUCCUCCGAGCGCGAGGCGUCGCCGAGCAACAGCUGCCAAGACUCCACGGACACCGAAAGCAACACGGAGGAGCAGCGGGGCGGCCUCAUCUACCUGACCAACCACUUCAACCCUCACGCGCGCAACGGCCUGUCCAUCAAGGAGGAGCACGCGGCCUACGACGUGCUGCGCGCGGCCUCCGAGGGCCCCGCGGACGCGCUGCGCGUGAUCGGCACGAGCGGGGAGCCCCUCAAGGUGUACAGGUGCGAACACUGUCGCGUGCUCUUCCUGGACCACGUCAUGUACACCAUCCACAUGGGCUGCCACGGCUUCCGAGAUCCCUUCGAGUGUAACAUGUGCGGCUACCACAGCCAGGACCGCUACGAGUUCUCGUCCCACAUCACACGGGGGGAGCACCGCUUCCACAUGAGCUAAAGCACCCCCGACCCCCGCCCGCGGACCGCGCCCCGCCCCCAGGAAGAGCCUCCAGGACCCGCGCCAGCCCCUGCGCGGGCAGCCGGGAUGGACCGACUGCUGUGCUUUGACCUCUAGGUCGUGUUUCGUUUUGUUCUGAGUUGGUUGGCUUUUGAAAACAAGAAGUUUUUCUUGUUACAUGCUGGGUUCCAUUCGGAGCCCCCGAAAUGCUCUCUUACUAGACAAUUCUGUAGACCGCUGGCUGAAGUCCCCUCCCCUGUUGCUUCCUAGAAAUUGCUGUCCUCCAAACGAUGGGUCAUUUUCGGAGAGAAUUUUAUAAAAACAGGCGGAAGCCCCGGAAGGAAUGAGCUGGUUCCGUGCUAAGCACGGGAUUCGUGCCCCAGAUGGGGUUUCCGAGGUGCCCGGAGCCGUGGGCGCAGCCCCUGAGCUGCGGUCGUGAGCUGACCCUGGGGGUGAGGUGCCGCUAGAGCAGGGCCGGAAGCUGCGUGCACCCAGGGCAGACAGGCCACAGGU